UUCAAUGACUGGAUAUGCGCAGAAACAAAAUCGUCGGUAGGGGAAGUGCCCAUUAUGUUUUUGGUGGAUGUAAAAGUGGUGCUCACAAAAAAGUUUAUUUUCAUUUUAGAAAAUUUUUGAAAUUAGAAAUUGAAGUGAAUCUUAUUUCCUCCGUGUCAUUAGUUUUUAAAAAAGAGAUUAGUGAAACGAUAAGUUUAAGUUUAGAAUCUAAAUUAAAUCAAAUAUACGAAAGACAAUGGAAAUUUAAAACCAAAAAAAAAAUCGCGAUGCUAAAAUAUUCAUUCAGCUCGAUAAUAUCCCUGCUGUGUGUACUGUAACUGGACGUGAAUCAAGUGGUUUUUGGAAGAGAAAAAAAAACCUUUCUUCAAUAGAAUGAAACCUGGGAAUUAUUUAACGCGAGAAAUGAUAGCAUCUCAAACUGAUAACAUAAGAGUUAGAAAUUCAUCAAAAAAUUGUCUGUGAUUUAAACAUUGUGAUUACUUUGUCCUGCUGUUCUGUUGUUGUUUGCAUUGAUUUGUAAUUACAUUCAUAUUUACAAUUUUAAUUGCAUCGAUUGAUUACCGCAACUGAUAAACGAAAAAUAAGAACGCAAAUCUAUAAUGUAAUGUACGGACCUAGUUUAUGUGCAAAAUAUGCCACGAAAGUUUGAUUAAAAUAAAAAAGAAGUUUGUUUUUGCGAUUAAUGAUAAGGAAAUUAACCAUUUCAAAAUGCCAUACAUUCAAUGUGGAAAAUUGAGAAAAUCGUAAAAUAUUGUGCAGACAAAUGUUUAUCGUAUCGAGCUCGUCUUCCUACAACGAUCCGCUACGCAGUAAAUGAUAAGAGGUCAACAGCCAAUUCGUUGACUGAGAAUUAGAGAAACUCUGGUAAAUAAACGAACGAUAUGCAUUUCUGGAUAGACAAACGAUCACAGUCAUGUGGUUUCGGACGAGCACGAGUGGCUGCAUCUCUAUCGGGAACUGGAAUCGGUUUCGGACACCAUCCACGCCGAAUGGGCGGAAAAUCCAUGUUAACGCCGAUUCAUCGUUUUCCUGCCGUUGACUGCAGACCUCAUAGGCCACAUAGGGAAACUCAUCAAAAUAACCAUCGGCAUGAACAUGAACAUGCCGAUGUAAUACAACAAAGACUUCGCGAAAAUGUUCGAUCUAAUCAAUAUCGAGCUCAACAAGGCGCUCAUGUUCAGCCACCGCAUGUUCUACAAAACCAGCAACCAUUUCAUCUCACUAAUUGCAAUCCAAUAUCACAGUACGGACCGUCGCACCCUGUAGAGCUAGAGCAAGGUACACUUGGGGUGGCGGCAAUAGGACCUGUCGUAGCACAGCCGCAAAAUGUUCGAACAGGACCAGAAGCGCAAUUAUUACCAUCCCACUUAAAAUGUGGCAUGUGGGCUGCUCUGGCAUUGACAACCGUAUUUGUUGCUGUGAUCCAAGGCACCGGACUGGAGUUUUUAAUUUUUUGUGGAAUCUGUACAACACUAAUUUUAAUGGGAUGCGUGAUAUCAAUGUGUACACUAUGCAACCGGCCGAGGGAACUGAUGGUCAUACCGCCCAUCGAAGUGCAGGCUGCUAUUGAAGCUCGUGCCGAAAAUUCCCAGGAUAUGGUAACUGUUGAACUAACCGGCGAGCCUACAGCACAGCCUCCACCAUAUCACAUUGCCAUUUUAUUGCCGGACAAUGCAAAGGAACCAGAGGCAGUAUUGGAAGAAUCCCCACCGCCGUCGUACGAUAAGUUAGAUAUUUAAGAGGGUUAACCUUCCACGAGGCGGCUAUGUCGUCUGUUUUCAACAGAUGCGUCAAAAUAAAGGUCUCGCUAAUGUAAUCGUAUACAGCCAAAUCUACGCUAAAACUAUUUAAGUCAAAGAGCUUUGUCGAGAAGACUUCGGUCAAAAGCAGUAACAGAUACAUGGUCACCUUCUACGAAAGGUUAACUGAUUUUAGUUUGCUCGACCAAGAACUAUAAUAGUAAUCGGAACUCAAAUCGAAAACAAUUGCUUUGAUUAACGAGCAAAAUCGGUCUGCUGAUUAAGUUAUUUUCGUUAAAACUUCGACGUAAUUUUACUAUGUAAAGGUAAGUGAUAUAAAUGUAACAGUUUUAGGCUAAUUAUGGUAGAUGUGACAUUUAAAACCCACACAAACAUUAAAAACUUAUAGUUAUACAACAGAAUUAACAUUUCGUAGAACUAAUUUGUUUUGCAGUUAAUGUUUGAAAACGAAAUGGGAAAAAUUUGACGUUCAUUUUGAAAUAUAUUUUGGUAUGAAAAUAUUUUUACAAAUUAGUAAAAGUAAAUUGCUUUCAAUGUAUUUACGUAAAGUAAUUUAUCCCGUAAAACAAGCACAACCAUGCAUAAUGUAUAGUUAGAAACAGUAAAAAAGCUUUUACUUUACCGAACAAUAAAACUUGUUGCAUAGAUUAGAGAUGGUAAAGUUAUCUUUUGUGCUCUUCAUAAAUGUAGCUCUGAUGUAUAAAUAUCUGAUGACCUGUUGAACAGUACUUCGAAUUACGAAGCUUUAGUUUUUCUCUUUAAAAGUCCAAAAUUGAAUUAUCUUGAAUUGAUGUUGAUGUGUGCAAGUCUAUGUGUCGGUACUACUAUACGAACCUUCGUAGCCAUAAAAUCCAACUUAAUCAAGGAAGUCGUCCUUUUAUGCCAUGACUAGCAUAAACUAAUACCGGUUGAACCGGUUAUAAGACACAAGAAAAAGAUAGCUUUCCCCUACGGUCACUCAAAAUACCGAUCCGAAUGUUACAAAUUUAGAACAAUUUUAGAGCUUGAGGAAAAGUUCUUUAUUUGAUUUCACUUUUGUGACUUGAAGUGACUCCAUUGAUAGGUUCUUUAAUCUUGAGGCAUCACAGUUAAAUGCUUAAAGGGUACAGCUUUGUAUACACGUAAGAACUGCCACUUUCAUAUCUAAGCUAUGUUCCUCCUGUUAGUAUGUUAUUUUAAAUGACAAAUGAAAGAUACGAGAAUAACAACCACAAUAUGAAUGUGGCAGUCUUAACGUGCCCAAAGCAGUAAGAAAAAUAUAAUUUAGCUUGAAAAAAUAUCAAAAAGCAACGCACUCGACAACGCACUUCAAGCAUGAGUGAACAUAGUGGUCAGCUGCCGAACGUACUCUAUAUUUUACAUGAAAAUGUUGUUACAAUGUUUUACGUUUGUAUGAUACACUGUCCAUUUUCAAUACUCUAUUUAGAGUACCACUCAUGCUUGAAGUGCGUUGCAAACAGGCAUUUUAAAUCUUUGUCUACGGUACUUCAUGCUCCAUUCGGUCCGUAUUGGGGACCAAUUGUGAUUUAAGAAACAGAUUGCGGCAGAGAAUGAUUUUUUGAGAGUUCAAUAAAGAGUAUGUCGAACAUACGAAUUGAACGACACGAACGAAAUUUAAGGAAAAUCAUUUAAGAGUGUACAAUUUGAAUGAUAUUCUGAGUGCUUUUGGUUUGCUACAAUAACUGAAUGUGUAAUACACUUUGUAUAAAAUUGUCUGGAAGUUUCGUGAGCUGAGCACUCAACCCUAUAUACAAAUAAAAAAACUAGAAUAGACCGGCCAAAGCAUGUAUUCAAGGCGGAUAUGCAGCUGUUGAAGAGUAAACAUCUCCACUAACGUUUUACCAAUUUGGUAUUCAACUACCAGUUUGGUAGUCAACUACCAAAAAUUAAACUUAGACGAGCAGUCAGAAUAUACUUGUCAGUCGGUGCGUAGUUUCCGAAUAGUAAACAUCUCUGCCUCAAAAAUUACGUUUGAUAGUCAAUUAUAACCUUGGUAGUCAGCUACCAACUACCAAAUUUUCAAACUGAAAUGUCAACUCUGAGCUAUCGGUUAUCAGAUAACAAAUAAUUAUUAUUUGCCUGGUGUUGAUAUGCUGAUGGUGGCUUUGCAAUUUUGAAUGUCAAUCCAGC